GAAGACAGUAAAACCACUGCUUUGAUUAUCAAUUAUUACACUGCUGAAAGCGAGCGCGGGCCAAGCAAGCGCAUGUGGUCUUCGAACGGCUGGAUAAUGUAAGACCUCCAACUACAACUCUCGCGACGAAUAAAUUAGAGGUUUCCUCGAAGUACUAUCAUUUCUGGCAAACACAACCCAUCGACAUAAUCACCGAUCUUGCGGGUGUUCAUUCUGUUGUUUCGCAAGUACGCCGUCGCCCUUUUCGAUCACGCCGACCGGUCUUUACCAUGUUCCAGCAUAAAGCAGUGCUGGCAGUUUUCUUUUGCUCUGUGAUCGGAUUAAUCAUUGGAUUACAUCUUUUCAACCCCAGCGCUUUCGGCGAGACUGGUGCUUUCCUGAAGACUGCUGGCUUUGCCGUGGCUGAAAGUAGUGACGCCCCUUCGAAAACCACGAAAGAUUCUCCGGCGCAUCACGAAACUACCGUGCACCCGGCACCACCUGUUGAAAUUACAAAUACCUCCGUGACUGGUGCAACUCUUACCGCGGCUGGUAAGCCGGCCUUGCAGCGCGAUUGGACUUUCUCGGACAAAGCACCCCAGGGCGACGAUGCGAGCUGGAGGAAACCAGAGAAUCUAAAGAUCGCUGGGCUGGUGUUCUACGGAAGACGAAUCAAUGUCAGCAUAUUGCAAUGCUACCUCAAGCGCAAUCUUGUUUCCAAUGGCGGCAUGCUUGACGAGGUAAUCUUCCUCGCGCGAACGCAGAAUGAAGAAGAUCUGGACUGGCUGGAUCAGCUGGUGGCAUCCGAGCCGCUCUAUAUUAGACAAGAUGUGUCAACAUAUGGUGGAGAGUACGCCUCCUCGUACGAUCUCAUAGAAGACGAUGUCAUGUACAUCAAGAUCGACGAUGACAUCGUUUUCUUCGAGGACAGCACCGUCUCCACUCUGGUACACACGCUUUUGACGCACCCGGAGUAUUAUUUGGUGACUGCCAACAUCAUUAACCAGCCAUCGCUUAGCUGGGUACACCAGCAACUUGGUGCUGUGAGACCAUACCUUCCGGAGCUCCUGCCCCAGCAGUCUGAGGUCGAAAUGUUUGCAGACGGUCAGCGACGAGACCUUGAAUCGGACCUCCGAGAGGCAAAUCAGUCAAGCCGUGUGGAUUGGCGAGCCUCCCAUCUCCCCACGUGGUCUGGCCCUGGAGAUUUCUCCGCGCUGGACUUCGAAUCUCAACAGAUCCCACAUCGAUGGCUUCCACUACCAAUCGAUGCCAACGACGCCUCUUCAUAUUUUAAAGCUCUCGAACGUACACCAGUCAUGGAAGCAUCAUACGACGCAUUUGGCCCUACGCUCUAUCACUGGACCAUCGCCGCCCAGCAGCACUAUUCUUUCCUUCAGCACCUAGAGAACAACGAGGUGUGGCGGUAUAAAUUUCAUAUCUGGGACUAUUACACUCGACGGCUGGGCAUCCAAUUCAUCGCCAUCAUGGGCCACGACAUCAAUGCCGCAAAGCCCAUAGAGCAGGACGACGAAGGUUAUUUCUCCGAAAAGAUGCCUCUGAGAACGAAGCGUCACGCGGUUGUGGAUGGUAGAGCGCUGGCCGCUCACUAUAGCUUUGGCCCGCAGAGAGAAGGAAUGGAAACGACUGACGUCCUGGAGAGAUACCGUAGCUUUGCCGAGGAGAACAUCUGCAUGGCAGAGCAGCCGAGAUGAAAUCGACCUAGUCUGUGCAUCAGAACAUGGCCGAAACUGCCAUAGCCACCCCACAAGAGAUGCGGAGGAUCCCAAUGAGGCCAUGACUGAUAUCGAUGGCCGCUCGCUCUGCCCGCAAGCGCAUGACAUAUCCGCAGCUUUGAGCAGGCCCGAGACAGCUUUGCAAAAACAAGCGACCGGACACAGUCUCCGAUAAGAGCUUUCCAGAUUCG